UCUUCCCCUCCCACCUCCUCUCUCCUCUGUUUAAUUCUCUCUGAGUACCCGGGACUCAGGCUCCAGUUCUGGCCUUUGGGGUUCGAGGUCACUGGGACUGGGUUGUGAGCUCCACCCCUGAAUCUCAACCCCCAACCCCCUAACCCAAGGCACUCGGGACCUCCCGGACGGACGGACCUGAGCUUCCUAGGACGCCCGCCCGGCUGACGCUGCUGCUGCCACUGCCCUGAGCCCAGAUGGGGGAGUGAGAGGCCACAGGUGGCCGGACAUGGGCCUCCCCACCGUGCCUGACCUCCUGCUGCCACUGGUGCUCCUGGCUCUGCUGGUGGGAAUCCACCCCUCGGGGGUCAUUGGACUGGUCCCUCACCUCGGGGACCGGGAGAAGAGAGAUAGUCUGUGUCCCCAGGGAAAAUACAGCCACCCUCGUAAUAAUUCCAUUUGCUGUACCAAGUGCCACAAAGGAACCUACCUGCACGAUGACUGCCCAGGCCCGGGGCUGGACACGGACUGCAGGGAGUGUGAAGACGGCUCCUUCACCGCGUCAGAGAACCACCUCAGACACUGCCUCAGCUGCUCCAACUGCCGAAAAGAAAUGGGCCAGGUGGAGCUUUCUCCCUGCACUGUGGACCGGGACACCGUGUGCGGCUGCAGGAAAAACCAGUACCGGAGGACUUACGGGAAUUCCAGGAGCGAAAGCCUGUUCCAGUGCCUCAACUGCAGCCUCUGCCUCAACGGCACCGUGCAUCUCCCCUGCCAGGAGAGACAGAACACCGUGUGCACCUGCCAUGCAGGGUUCUUCCUGCGAGGAGACGAGUGUGUCUCCUGCAGUAACUGUAAGAAAAACCCGGAGUGCACGAAGUUGUGCCUGCCCCUAACUGAAAAUGUUACGGGCCAUCAGGACCCAGGCACCACAGUGCUGUUGCCUCUCGUGAUCUUCUUUGGUCUUUGCCUUUUAUCCUUCCUCUUCAUCGGUUUAAUGUGCCGCUACCCGCGGUGGAAGCCCAAGCUCUACGGCAUUAUUUGUGGGAAAUCGGCACCUGAAAAAGAGGGGGAGCUUGAAGGAAUUACGACUAAGCCCCUAGCCCCAGCCCCGGGCUUCACUCCCAUCCCCUGUUCCACCUUCACCUCCAGCUCCACCUUCACCCCCAGUGACUAUUCCAACUUCACGGCUGCGUCACUCCCUAAAGAGGUGGCCCCGCCCCACUUGGGGGCUGACCCCAUCCUCGCCACCGUUCUCGCCCCCACCCCGAUCCCCACCCCCCUUCAGAAGCCGGAGGACUCCACGCCGCCGCCGCGCGCAGACGCCGACCCCGCGACGCUGUAUGCCGUGGUGGACGGCGUGCCCCCGUCGCGCUGGAAGGAGUUCGUGCGGCGCCUGGGGCUGAGCGAGCACGAGAUCGAGCGGCUGGAGAUGCAGCACGGCCGCUGCCUGCGCGAGGCGCACUACAGCAUGCUGGCGGCCUGGCGGCGGCGCACGCCGCGGCGCGAGGCCACGCUGGAGCUGCUGGGCGGCGUGCUCCGCGACAUGGACCUGCGCGGCUGCCUGGAGGACAUCGAGGAGGCGCUGUGCGGGCCCGCCUCCCUGUCGCCCGCGCCCCGCCUCGCCCGGUGAGGGCGCGCUCCCACGGGCGGCCGGAAGGACGGUCCUGCCGGAUGUCCCCGGGACCCCGUCGUCUCCUGGAGAGGAAGAGUCUCGGAGGGGCAGGCAUGAGCCGGCAGCCGCUUACUUGGCGCUACCCCCGCGGCGUACAUAGCUCUUUUCAGCUGCCCGAGCACCGCCGAGAGUCAGCGGGUGCGCGGGAGAGAGGCGCGCUGCGGGCCGUGUGUGCGGAGACGCGGAGUGUGCUAGCUGCCCGAGCGGGUGGCUGCGGGGACAAGGGGCGCUAUGCCUCGUACCCAUCUUGGGUGUGAGGGCCCAGCAAGGCUGCUGGGGGGGACCCUGGCUCGUCCCUGACCUUUUUCACAGUAGAUAAGCAAUCUUUUUUUAAAAAAAUCAAUUAUGUUACACUAAUAGAAACUUGGCACCCCUUUGGCCCUUGCCUGGACGAGCACAGAACAAGCUGAACUGUCCUAAGGCGGGGGCAAGCACGGAACAAUCGGGCCCCGGCUGGAGCUGUGGACUUUUGUAAAUACACUAAAACUCUGGAAUUAAA